GUAUUGAAAACCUCCUCGAAUAAACAUUUAGAAUAUCACAUUUAAUAUAAAGUCCCAAAAGUGGUCAAAAUGGUGUACCAUAUGUUGAAGAUCGGUCCGCGUUUUAAGCAUCGGCACUAAAAAAUCCCAGUAACGUUAAUGAAUAGCUCAGGUAAACACACGACCUUCGGCCCCGAUUUGAGAAUAGACUCGUCCGGGUCAUACAAUUGGCGAGCGAUCUAUGUGAAGACGGGCUACACCGAGCAGUGAAAUCCUGUAUUUUGGGUAUUAUAUUGAGCUUUAACCGAAGUAUGAACACUGUGAGAAUUUUGGAUAUUAUCGAGAAGACCCGUGAUCCGAAAAGAGGAUUUAGAGAAGUGUGUUAGACGUUUGUUUCGUCGAGUUUUGUGAUAGCGACACAGUGUCUCCACUAGUUAAGUGGCAGAGAAAGAUCUAAGCGCUGUUUUUAGGUAUAUCCAGUGUAAUUGUAACGCUGGCAUCAUUCUGUCGGAUUCUCAGAGUGAAGUUCAUAUGUAUACAAUGUUACAUGGAGGAGUGUGUAUAAAUUUGACAUCUCUGGAUUAAACCACGGACGUGCUACACAGGAGAGAGAAAUAGUGUGACCCCACGGUUCACAAGUAUAUAUACCGUGUGUACAUCCCACAUUCCGCACGCUCAUGUUGUGAUACCGAGAUUUGGAGCAAGGCGAGCGAGUCGGAUUUAUGUUGUUUAUAUAUACAAUAUGUAACAAAUAUAUUUAUAAAGCCUAAACACCAAUACACAACAGAAAUGUGUAUUAGAUUUUAAGAUUUUAUAAAAAAAAAAAAACAUACAGUGUUUGUUACAAACUAAAAGAUACAGUGUUAAAUAUAUCAUUUCAUACUAUGUAACAAUUUUACAUUGUAUGACAUAGUUGUAUGUAAAUCAGUUUGACUUUAUUUACAUACAUCAACAGUUAUUUGUUAUUUAUCUAAGUAUAUGUUAAGGGGAUAUAUUGCAAUAUCUCAAUGUCAAAAGUGUAUGAUUUAUGUUCCGAUCUAAACGGUCUGCCCUCGUGAAACGUCUUUGGAAAAACAGAUUACAUAAUGAAACCCAGUGUGAGAAUGAAACAUCUUUAUCAACUAGUCCAGAUUUGGAUACAGAAAUAAAGUGUGUUGCACAGAGCAUGCUAAAAAGACUGAAAGAAAAACAGUUGGAGAUGCUAUGUCAAAGCAUCGAAACCAAGGGUGGAGAAAUCACAGGGUGUGUACUCCUACCCAACAGUGACCUCAGGUUAGGAAAGAGAUCGGUUGCUCCUCAUAUUCUGUGUUGUCAGUUAUGGAGGUGGAGCGAUAUUACUCCAAAUACGGAACUUAAACGACUGCCUCACUGCGAAUCUGCAGAUGAUCCAGCCUAUCUGUGCUGCAAUCCAUAUCACUGGAGUAUUCAACAAAAAACAGAUACCCCCUAUACUAAUGGGAAUUGGUCGAAGAUCUCCAGGUUAAAAAUAACAGAUAUAGACCAAAUAGAAGAAACUGUGAUGGAUGUUUCCACGGAAACGGGAAACACACCUACCCCUCGUCGUCUGGAUUUUUCAGGUGACACAACCAAUAGCAGUUCAAGGGGUCCCCACUGGUGUACUGUUGCCUACUGGGAGUUACGGCAGCGUGUCGGGCGCCUGUUCACUGUGUUCGACUCAUCUAUAAAUAUAUUUCAAUCGCUACCUCAUGGGGGAGGCCUCUCUCUCGAAGUUCUUCAGCAUGGGACUCAACUCGAUCCCAUAAUAAGGACUAGAGAGAAAAUUGGUUUCGGACUCGUUCUUAGUCGAGAAGACUCCGGAGUUUGGAUCUACAACAGAUCAUUGUUUCCCGUAUUUGUGAAUUCAUCGUGGUUCGACACCCCAAACUCACGGACGCCAAUUGUGAUAAAGUUGCUUCCAGGGCGAUCAUCAAAGAUAUUUGAUUAUGAUUGUGUGGAAUUCUUGAAAAGCAUGAAGGACGCUAGAUUUGUAGACGGUCCUUAUGACCCGAGGUCGAUAAGGAUCUCGUUUGCAAAAGGAUGGGGCCCCACGUAUCAUAGACAAUUUGUAACUUCUUGUCCGUGCUGGUUGGAAGUGUUACUAAAUAUUGAUAGGUGAUAUUAACUAAAAAAGGUUUGUGAGCCGGCGUUAGUGUGGCAGUGCUUAGUUUGGUUGAAAUGGGGCAUUGGUAAGAAGUCAGUAGUUUUCAAGACAUGGAGAGAGAUCAUUAAAAGUAAAACAAAUUCCCGGAUUAUAUAUGAAACGACAGAUUCGCAAUAAUGAAAUAUUGGGAGAAACAGACUCUGUAACACCUAAUCUACCUGUUGCCUUGGGAAUCGCUUGAUUACAUACCUGAUUUCGCAGGUGAAACAGAUAUUCUGGCUUAUGAUGCUUUACCUCUAAUUCCAGUGCUACAUGUACAAUACAUGGUUACCAUAGUUACGUAAAGGCCUUGACCUCGGGCAGGGUCAGAGUGCCAUAUUGUGUGAAAAUUUACAUACAAAAAAUGUCCUUGAAUUUUGAUUAGUUUCAUAUGGCUUGAAAAGUUUAUGACAAUUUAAUGUGAUAAAACAUUUCAUAGACAAGAUUGAUUUUUUUUUCGGCAAAAUUAUAAUCAAAAUUCAAGGGUAUUUUCUGUUAAGGUUGCCAAAGAUCUGCCAUAUAUAUGUCAUACCACUACACAUAAACUUCAUCAUCAAAGAAUCGUAAUAAAUCAUUAAUUUUGGUUGCCAUGGCUGUUAGAAAAUAAAAAAUUAUCCAAAAUAUAUUACAUUAACAUUAAAUAUGUUGCAAUAUUCAUAUUAUCAUACAAACACUAAUAUAUAUACAAACUAAAUGUUUAAUAACAUUUUUUAUCAUAAAAAUGUAAACUUUUUAAUUUAUAGCAAAGACAAAUUUCGGAGAAUUGAUAAUUACAAUCAUUUUACAUUUGGUGAGUUUUCUAAAAUUAAUUAUUCAUUUUAAAAAUAAAUAAAUGGAUUUUAUUAUUUGGAAAAAAGACAUUGUUUUUAUCUGUAUUAUGACAGUGUUUAUCCGAAGUUACGAUUUUUAGGUCAGUAUAUAUAUGUUGUUGGUUGAUUUUAGACAGUAUAAUGGUGUUUUUUUUACUAAUGUAUAUUCUGAAAUAAUGAAAAACGGGUCUGUUCUAAUGGUACAUAUAUAUACUCAAAGAGACACUUCUUACUAUGUGUACCAUAUACUGAUAUUGUUUAACAGUUCUGUCAACAUUCGGAUGGUUUCUGGAGUUUUCCUUGUAGGGCAUGUAUAAGAGUUUAUUGGGGUUAAUAUAUAAAUAUCUAUAUUGACAUUAAAAUGGUUUCUGGAUACUUCUGUAACUGCCUGAGAUACUAGAUUUGGGUUGAUUCAUGGAAAAUGAUGCAACUGGAGUGAUAUAUAUUGAUAAUAAAACGGUCAAUGGAUUGUACAGUAAAACACCCUCUCAAGAUUCUUUGGGACUGUCUCUGGCAUUUUGUCUUAAGCCUUGGUAAUAAAUAUCCCAAUGUAAAUUUGAAUUUAGAUUUUACAUGAGAAAAAAAAAAUGAGAUUUAAACUUGGUUGAUGGAUUUCAUUAGUAUUAAAUGUAGAAAAAAGCUAUGAUUUGUUAUAUAAAUGUAUUUGACAAUUUGCAUUUGAACGAUUUCCUGAAGAUAUACAAAAUUGUAUAUUGUUAUCAUCAACGAUUGGAAUAUUUAAAAGGAAAAAUCUCUACAAAAUGUAAUGCAAUUUACAAAGGGAGAUAAUAAAGUUGAGCAUAGAUCAAAGGGAGGUAAUACAGUAUCAAAGGGAAAUAAUCUGCUGGAGAAAAAUAGAAAAAAAAAUACAUUAAAUUUUACUUUAUUUGCAAUAAUUACUUACACGAUACAAUAAAUAAACUUGUAUCAAUAAUUCCUGAAACUUACGCUGGAGGGAAUAUGACAAAAAGCAGAGAUUUUACUAGUAAAUUAUCUUUUGAACAAGACCCUUGAAAUUUUAGACAUGUUUUACUGUACAAUAUAUCAGACCUCUUACAAAAUGGCUACAUUUUGUUUGUUUGAAAAACUACUUGAGUUGUCCAUAACAAGUUGUAUAAGUUUUGUUACAAAUUAAGUGCCUUGAUGACUAGUUCUAAAAAACAUUUCUUCCUCUUAGUGAUUAAACAUUUUUCCGUCUGCAAACCUAGAUAUUUUAACUCUGGUAUUUUUCAUUUGAUUUUAGUAGAAAAUUUGUUUUGAACUUAAAUGUGUAAAAUUAUAUUGAUAUGUUGCAGUUCAAAGGUUGAAUUUUAGCAUUUGCCAUUGAAUAAUAUUUGAUGUUGUUUUAAAGUGAUACCUGUAAAAUUUGUUUGUAAUGAUAUUAAUUUUAGUAUAUAAAUUUUGAGUAAGUUUUCCUAUUUAAGAUGUUUAUUAAAUAUUGACUGUGAAACUAUCUUACCUCAUCCAGUACAGAAACAAAUAAAAUCAAUACAUUGAUUGACAAAUAGACAAAUCUAUGUAAACAAAAGCUACUAAUACAAUUUGAAACAAUAAUUUUUUUUUUAAUUCUUGCAGUUUGAUCAAGUUUAGUCUUCCUUAGAAAGAAGUUCAAAAUAUGCUGUUGUUUUAUAAUAUAUCAUUUCCCAUUAAUGUGAGAAACAGGUUCUCAAACUCUUGACUCAGGAAUACUUCAUAUUAAUUAUGUAACAUGACAGCAUCUCUAUAAUGUUGGAUAAAUAAUUGUAGUAAUUCAACAUGCUGGAUUUUAUGUUGUAUAGUUGGAAAAAAUCUCAAAAUUUCAUAUUUGUCCUUUCUUUUUCUGACUAUACGUAUAUACAAACCAUUGAUUAUAUAAUAUUUAUUUAAUUUUUUUUUCUUCAAUUCUUACCAAAAAUCAAAGAAAACUUGUAUUUUAAACUUGAACUACAUUGUGUAUGUAGCUGCCUUCCAUUAUGUGAGUGGAUCCUGUUGGAAUGGAUUGGGUUGGAAUGGCAUUGGUGUGCCAUUUCUGGUCCAAACUCGACACAACAGACUAACAUUGAUAUUGGAAAGCACCCCUAUCUCUCAGAUGUUACCUAUUAAGUUUUUUUUGUGUGCAUGUGUUGUUAAUCUGUGGUACAAGUCCAAUGAUCAAUAAAUUGUAUAUUGAAGAGGUAUUGAAAGGAGAUAACUUUGAAUUCAAUUAAUUAAAGAGAUAAGUAUUUUCUUUGAAAGAGAAUUUCCUUUGUUUAAAAUGCAAUGGCAUGUUUCCAUUUCAUGUAAAUUAUUGAUGAUAUUGUUGGGAGUUCUUUUCAAUUAAUGAAGAUUUAUUUUUGCUCUGUAUUUGAUGAUUGUUUUAAAACUUCAGUUAUCUCCCCUAGUUUAAGUUAUGCUAGAGUAAUCUCCCCUAGUUUAGUUAUACUACUUAUGUUACAGGAUGUUUAACUCUGAUGCUUAAUUUCAUUCAAGUUAGAUAUUGCUUUGUGAAAAUUCUCACAAUUCUUAAAAAUUCUUACAGUGCUGUAAAAAAAAUUCAAAGAUUGUAAAUUUUAUUAGAUGAACUAACUUUAAAGUUAUCUCCCUUGAAAUACCUCUCCUAUUGUUGAUUGGACCUGCCACCCCCAUGUUACCUGUGUUAGUGGUGUAGACAAUUAGGCUAUUUUAUACAUAAGAUAUAUAUAAGUAAACAAAUUACCAAUAUUAUGUGUAUAAAGAACUUGCAUUUUUAAAUGUGUAAUUUAUAUAAGGCGGUCAUGAGUGUGCGUAUAUAUAUAUAUAUAUGCAGGUGUGUGAGAGAAUUUAACUCAGAAGAUUGCAUUUAUUGUGGUGAAGGUACGGUUAACGAGGAUAAGCUGUGAUUUUUAUGUAGUAUGCAUGUGUGUAUGUGUAAAUGUGGUGUGAAUGUGUGUAAAUGGUACAUGUGAAUGUUAGGAUAUGUGAGAAUGCUUCUUGCAAACAUAACAUCCAGUCAUAACUCUUAAUCUUAUGGUUAUUCGUUUCAACAAGUUUUGACAAAAGGAUAAAGUUGCCUUUCAUUUAAAGAAUAAUUUAUUUUCUAUUUGAUGGAUAUAGGACUAUAUAUUUGAAACCCAUCGAUAAUAUGUACAGACCUCAUAAUGAUAUGAAAAUAAGCAUUGACAGAGUAUCAUGAGACGAACUUCGCAAAUACCACUUAAAAAAUUAACAGCAAAAACUAUCACAAUGAAGUGAAAAUCCACUUUGAUCAAUAAACUUUUCUCUAAGAAAUUAUUACACUGCUGUAUUGACCAAUCAGUUCACUUGAGGAAUACUUCAGAUUUUGCUGGAGUUACAACUGGAGUUGCUGAUUAGAAAGAAAUUAUCAUUUUAGGAAAAUGAAUUUGAAUCCCAAGUUACGGCUGUGAAAGAAAAAUAACAAAAUAACUGUGAAAAUUAUACUGAGGUGUACAUGUCAAUUGGAGACACAAAGUUGCAGAAAUGAAAUUCCAUCUGGCUAUCUCCCAGAGUAGAGAGAAACUCAAGAAAGACAACUGUGUUACCACAAACAUGUCUGUUUCAAACCAACUUUAUACUAAUAAGCACAUAUAUCCACUUUGUGGAAAUUAUUUUACAUUACACUAAAUUCAGUAUUCUGUGGUUUUAAUUUAGGGGGAAAAUCAACUUCAUUUACAUCUUAGGGUUAUUAUGCAAAAUAUUUUUUUAAAUUGAUAUUCAAAGGAAAUUAUGGCAUUUUCAAUGAAUUUCUUCAAAAUUUCCUUACUUUAGAACAACAAAUAGUCGUUAUUAAAAACAUGAUUGAAACUAAAUGACAAAAGUGGACACUUGAUGAAACUCUGUCGGACGAUAGUACGGUAAUCUAUCUAAUGAUGUUGUGAUAAAGUUUUAUAAAAACCUUUUGGUUUACUUGAGUAAUUACAGUAAGGUGUAGAGUUCUAAUUGAAGGUAAUUUAGGAAUGUAGAGGGACGAAUGAGCAUGCAAUCCUUUGCAAUAGAUUGGCAUCAAAAUCUCGGUACUUUACCUGUAAUAACUAGCGAGCAGGCACGGGGAACAACAACGACGAGAAAAACCCGCGUCACCCGAUCUUUUAAGGCCAAACUACCGUGACCUACGUGGUUAGUUACUUACAGAAGAGUCGCUGGCUCGGAAAGUCUAGAGACUGUCGACUGUGCAUCUAACUCCAUAAUGAUUGGGUAUCACUUGUGCUGGGGACAAGGUUUAAAUAUAUACUAGGGUAGCUUAACAAAAGAUAAAAUUUAAUUUCUGAAAAACUAAUUGAAUUAAGAAUAAAUUUAUUUCUGAUUUUAAUUUGAUCAUUUUGUACUACCAAAUUAGUUGAAGUGGAUAAAAUGUUGUGGAAUGUUUAUAUAUAUUUGAAUAUAUAAGUAAGAUGUUUUAACUACAGUUGUUGAAGAUAGCAAUGCUUUUUACCUGGGUUUUCAUGUACGGGGUUUAAACAUAUAAAUCUUCGCCACUGUACUACGCCAUUGUCCAGUUCAGGUUUUAGGGUAAGGAACUCCUUCCCUAAUAUACCUUAUGUUACAAAGUAUUCCAUUCAGACUUGUGUAUUCCUGGCUCACAGCCUUAAACAGGUACAUAUUUGUGGUAUCAUUCACAAACAAAAACCUACUGUAGUCGUUAGUUAUUGGUAUAAAUAACUCUAAUUUCAUCUUAAAGUUUCAACUUUGUUCACUUAUCUUCCAAAGAUGUUUUGUAAAAUUAUUCCUGAAAGUUACAGAUUUAUUCAGCAGUAUGCUAUAUUCUGUCAUGAUAAUGGAUAAAACAUUUUGAAAAGUGUAUGAGGAAGGGCCUUUAAUUCAAUGGCAAUGUUUUUUACAAGUUUCUAUGCUAGAUUUAUGCUAAUUAGGUCUAUGUGAAAUGAUCACCUAUCCAUUUAAGACUGACAUAGUUUUUACCUGGAGAGUUACACUAACGAGUUUUUACCUGUGAAGGUAUAUGGCCUUGUGUUUCUGUACGAGUCGACCCAAUGUUACCUGGCCCCAGUGAAGGACCUUAUAGGCUACCAUUUAACAUUGCAUGGAAACUAGGGAAAAAAACUUUCUAUACUUCACUCAGAAAUACAGUUGGAAGGGAAGAAAUGUAUUUUCUGGCCCUAAAUCUAGUUUAGUGUGGAAUAAAACUGCACGGUUAAACUAGGAUUCUAUAAUUUUUUAUCGGAAACAAAACAUAUUUCUUGAUUAUUUACUUGAAAGAAUGCUUCAAUGUUUUUUUGGACUUAUUGGAAUUAUUUAACAAAGGAAUUCUUUUUGAAAAAUGCAGAUAAAAAAAAGAUUUAUUUAUCUAUAUGAAUUUCUAAAAAAGUAAUUAUAUGAAAUUUUAUGAAGGAUUUUGUAAAUCCCUUCAAGUAUGAAAUAAGUUUAUAUGGAGUGUGAAAGCAGCAUAUAUGGAGUAUUAUGAAAUCAGUAUACAGUGUAUAUGGAGUAUGAAGUCAGCAUGAAUGGAGUAUGAAAUCAGUAUAUAUGGAGUAUGAAGUCAGCAUAAAUGGAGUAUGAAGUCAGUAUAUAUGGGAUAUGAGAAAAGCAUAUCUGAAUUUAAGUCAAUGCAUUUUGUGUUAUCAAACUGAUUUGUAAAUCUGAGCGUGGAGUAUUUUGGUCCCUAGGGAUCGGUGAGUGUUGUCAUGUAAGUGGACGGGUACAAAUGCAUGUGGGUAACAGUACAACAAAAUCUGAUUGCAAUGCACCAUGUACAUAAAAAAAUGUCUGUUGUCCCUUCAAAAGGCACAAAAGACCUGUGCAAAAUCUACGCUGGGUAGGUCCAUUAUGGCCGUAGAAACUUCUGAAAUGGCUUGUCCAAUGUCCGAGAGUUUGUGAAAUGUCCUUAGUGCACAGGUCUGUUGUGUCUGUGUGGGAGGGCGUCGUGUUGGGAUGCAUCGUCAUAUAAUACAUGUAUCAUGUGUGUUAGAAUGGUCCGUUGUUGGGCCUCGUGUCAUCAUCAAAUAAACUUUUCAGGAACACAAAUGAUUUUCCUGGUAUGAUUAUAAAAUAAAACAAAACUUGACAAACAUAAA